UGAACUGUAGCUUCAUAUGAACGCUAUUUUAUUGCAAGCAGACACGGCAUCUUGGUUUGGGGGUUAUACGACUUAUAGUUUGCUUCAUACUUGAGAUUGCGGUGCCGUAACACUACGUGUACUACGGUAACGACUGUACAGUAAGUUAUAGCGGAAGACUUUGGUUCUGCUGGACUUGCCAGUUGAAAACUAACCCAGCUCCAGGAAGGCGACAGAUCGGAUGGAACAUGGAGUGUAUUCCAGCAAAUAUUGAUGAUUUUGAAGCCAAAAAGGACCCAAUCAUAGAGGACCCAGAGCACAAUGUGUACACCCGGUUUAUGAAGUCCCACCGGUGUUAUGACCUUGUACCUACCAGCUCCAAAUUAGUGGUGUUUGACACAUCACUUCAGGUGAAGAAGGCAUUUUUUGCACUUGUUUCGAAUGGGGUAAGAGCAGCGCCUCUGUGGGACAGUAAGAAGCAGUGCUUUGUUGGUAUGCUAACCAUCACAGACUUCAUUAACAUUCUUCAUCGCUACUACAAAUCUCCACUGGUUCAGAUAUAUGAGUUGGAAGAACACAAAAUUGAGACAUGGAGAGAGCUCUACCUUCAAGACUCUUUCAAGCCCUUGGUUUGCAUAUCUCCCAAUGCAAGUUUGUAUGAUGCAGUAUCAUCUCUGCUGACGAACAAGAUCCACAGAUUGCCUGUAAUCGACCCCCUGACAGGGAACACACUCUAUAUUCUCACACACAAGAGGAUUCUCAAGUUCCUGAAGCUUUUUAUAUCAGAAAUGCCAAAACCGUCAUUCUUGAGUCAAACUCUAGAGGAACUGAACAUCGGAACUUUCAAGAACAUAGCGGUGGUCCGCUCAGACACACCACUAUACACAGCGCUGGGUAUUUUCGUUGAGCAGCGAGUGUCAGCGCUGCCCGUUGUGGAUGACAAAGGUCGAGUGGUGGAUAUAUACUCAAAAUUUGAUGUUAUAAACCUGGCUGCAGAGAAGACGUACAACAACCUGGAUGUGACGGUGACUAAAGCCUUGCAGCACCGGUCUCAGUACUUUGAAGGAGUUCUGACCUGCCACAGGCACGAGACCCUGGAGGCCAUCAUCAACAGACUGGUGGAGGCUGAGGUGCACAGGCUGGUGGUUGUGGACGAGCAGGAUGUCGUGAAGGGAAUUGUCUCUCUUUCAGAUAUUCUCCAGGCAUUAGUGCUUACUGAUGGAGAAGAGGGCGCUGCUUGAGGAAGGAACUAUAGCAAAGCAAAGGGAAAGAGAGGGAAUGAGAGCAAAUAUGUGAGAGGGGAAUAAUGACAGAAGGUUUUAGUUUCAUCAUCCAUCUCAUGUAACUGGGUUUCCUCUAUUCACACAAGAAGACGUUUCCCUCUCUGCAGAAAUAUGAAGUUCACUACAUUUUAGCAACCCAGUAAUAUAUAAUUUUAGUAAUACAGGACAUAUACAGUAGAAGCUCCUGUAAAUCGAGCCAAAUUCCAAGUCACCAGAGAGUGAUGAGAAAGAUGCAAAAGCACAUGAAACCUCUGAAGGAGGACCAGCAUCAUUCCCACCAUUGUGGCUGUUGUCGUGCUGACCUACAUAGAGAUCGACACAACAUUAAUUACGCCUUUGAUUACAAAGGUAUUCCUGAUAAUAUAAAGUAAUCACCAGAUGAAAUAAGCAAUCGGUUAUCAGCUAAAGGAAAACUGAUACCUGGAUUGCUUUUCGGUGGCAGCAUUUGUUCUCUAUAAUAAGGCUGGAAUUUAGAUGCACAUUGAGCCUAUCCAAGAGUAAUAUUUAACACAGUGUACCUUUGAUGUGUGUAGUUGCUCUUAGACAACACCACACACCAAUGUACAUUAGACAUUGCUCUGAGCCCUGUUCUUUGUACAUAUAAGUACUAUGAUGUUAUCAGACUCAAAUUAUCUUGUUAUUCCUUUUUCAGUUAGCUUGAUUUUUUAAAUGCAGGUGGAGCAUUGAGCUGCUAAUCUUUUUUAACCUGAACAACUACAUUUUCCCAACUUGCAAAGACAUAUUGAUGAAUAUAUGGUUACUUAAGUAUUUAUCUGUGUGUGUCGUACAUACUGUACAUGCAGUACAUACAUACAGAAAUUUGCUACAUACCAUUUCGAGAAGAUGAUUGAAAAUGAUUUAGUGUAAUUUAUCAUUCAAACAGGAGGGAGAGCUUGGAAAUUGUCAUCAGUCUGCACUGAAAAUAAUUUUAGAGAUGUAAAAUUAAAAAGACGUGGUCAUGGUCUUGCUUAUUUUGAAUAAGUGUGACCUUUUGCACAUCUCAGCUUCAGGACCUGUUGCCCCAAAAAUUACUCUGGAUAAUUUAAAUGAAAUGAACUGAAAAAUGUCAACUUGUGAACAAUUAAGUUAAUUUGCCACAAAUACCAACAUGAAAAGAAUCCGAGGACGUGACUUUUAAUCUGUUGUGUAGCCAGACAGUAAAGUAGCAAACCUGGAACAGCACUUUCGGCUCCCAAGACGACCUCACUGGUGAAGUCUAGACCAGCAUAGAUGAAUCUGCUAUUAGAGACAACCGUUAAUUGUGCUGUGUUGUUUGAGUGCAUAAAGUCGAAAUAUUUAUGGGUUUUAUGUUUUGCCAUUUUGUUUUCAUGUAUAACUAAAUGAAUUAAGUUAGACACAACUUUUUUUCUGCUUAUUUUGUCUGCUACACUUUGGGGUUUGGCAUUAUUAGUGUUAAAGGGAUUCGCUUAUUGCUCCUGUGCUGCAAAAUCUCAUAAAUAUUUUGGAAAUCUGGUCCAUCACUUGAAAACUAAUGGUCACAGUAACAGUUUCUGUAUUAUUCAUUUUAUGAUUUAUAUGUUAGUGGUAUGUAUAUGUUGUCAGAAUAUGAGAUGUUAUAUCUUUAUCAAAAUCACUGAAUACCAGCAUUUCCUUUCCAUUUUCUAAAGAGGAUAGACCAUUCACACACUUCCUGGUCUGGUAUAUAUGAAACAGAAUGUGUACAACUGUAUGUAAAUGCGCAGUUUUUGUACUAAUCUGCAUUGAGAUUAUAAUUUAAAGGAUGAGCAAUAAAGGUUCUUUUAGUUUGUUUUAAA